AUGGGAGAAAGAACCAGUGAGAGCCAGAAAGAGAGAGACAGCAAAAUCCAACCUGGAAAACCCAUUGGCAAGGUACAGAAUACUUUCUUUGUUCCCUUGUUUUUAAUAAUGUGAUUAUUAAUUAUAAAAAAAAAAAAAAAUGUAAAAAAAAUUGUUGGGGGGGGGGGGGAUAGUCACAUCUAGUGAUUGUUAUCAGGGACCCCCAAACCCUGCAGAGAACAUCUGCUGGCAAGGUACAGUACAGAAUACUGUAUUGUCAUUGUUCCAUUGUGUUGCAUAAUGAAAAUCUACAUUCAUUGUAUUUUUAUACUGUUUUACAGAUGUCUGAACGCAAAGAGGAGCAGGCUAAGGGCAAGCGCCAGAGUAUUCCUCUGGAUGUCAAGAUCCAAGUACUGGACCGCCUGGAUAAAUUAGAGCGCCAGGUGGAUAUCGGGGCAGAUCUCCAUUUGCCUACCUCCACUAUCCGCACUAUCCUCAAAAACAAGGAUAAGAUCCCUACUUCGGCGACGACCAGCACUGCUACUUCAGCAAAGAAGAUCACCCGCUCCAGGUCCUACGAUCUUGAGGAGAGGGAGAAGAGACUUUCCAUAUGGAUAGAUGAUGCGCUGGAGCGUAACAUGCCUCUCAGACAGGCCAUCUUGAUGGAGAAGGCGAAGAGCAUUUUCCCUCACAUACAAAGUCAAGAUCCAGAUGUGAUGGAGAGUUUUGCAGCAAGUGGAGGUUGGUUUGACCGCUUUAAGGUACAACCUUUACAACCUUAA